AAAAUGUUUUCAAGCAAAACUAGCUUCAAUUUCCUUCUAAUUUCUUCACUUGCAUGUUUAUGCAAGGCUGAUUGGCCUACACGAAGAAAUGAUAUCCAAGUAACCGAAACAAAACAAAUUACUAAAUUUGACUGUCAAUUCGAUCGUUAUAUCCCCGAUCCGAGUAAGCUUGGAAACGGAAAUCAGGACGAGCAUCAAAAAUACGUUUUUGAUAUAAAAAAUGGUGGUUCUUUAUCUAAUUGUAUAAUUGGUGCACGGCCAGGGACUAAAGGCUCUGCGCAUGGAAUUGUUUGUGAUGGAAGUUGCGACGUAAACAAUGUUUGGUUUGAGGAUGUUGGGGAAGAUGCUAUUAAUUUUAAUGGAGAUUCUGAUGAUUGUGUUUAUAAUGUCAAUGGUGGUGGUGCUCGGGAUGCGGAAGACAAAGUUAUGCAAUUUGACGGAAAGGGGACCCUGAAUAUUAAAAACUAUUAUGUAAACAAUUAUGUUCGUUUCUGUCGCUCCUGUGGCAAUUGCGAUGAUCAACAUAAGCGUGAUAUCAUUAUUACUAAUCUGACAGCAAUUAAAGGCCAAGCUGGUCAAUUCGUUUGUGGAGUAAAUAGCAAUUAUAAAGAUACUUGUACCUUGCAUGAUAUAAAAAUGGAGAAGGGUAUUCACCCCUGCAAAGUCUUUACAGGCAAUAAUGAUGGAUCUGAGCCAAAUUCGAAUAACGACGAGGAGGACCACGGAGAUGGGAAAUAUUGUAUCUAUAAGAGUGGCGAUAUUAAAUAUACUGGAUCCAAACCAAAGCCGAAAAGCAAAAAGAGCGCAAAGAAUUAA